AAUGGCUAAGUUUAUUUGAGCUCUAUAAAAGAGCUGUAUGCAUACACAAAUUUAGCACACAUAUGCAGUGCCAUAUAGCUAGUUAGAGCAAAAGAAAGCUAAAAAGAAAACUGAAAACAAAGAGGAAAAGGUUGGGUAUAUUCUAAAGUUCAGUUCAAAUGGCAAUGGUAGAAGAAGGAGGUGCUGAUAAUAAUUACACACAAGAUGGAACUGUGGAUCUCAAAGGAAACCCUGUUCUUAGAUCCAAGAGAGGUGGAUGGAAAGCUUGCUCUUUCAUUGUUGUGUACGAGGUAUUUGAAAGGAUGGCAUAUUAUGGAAUAUCAAGUAAUCUGGUUCUGUACUUGACGAAAAAGCUCCAUGAAGGGACUGUGAAAUCAGCAAACAAUGUCACGAACUGGGUGGGUACCAUAUGGAUGACUCCUAUUUUGGGUGCGUAUGUUGCCGAUGCUCAUCUUGGCCGCUACUGGACCUUUGUCAUCUCAUGCAUCAUCUAUCUCUCUGGGAUGUCUGUGCUAACACUAUCAGUAUCACUUCCAGCACUAAGACCACCCCCAUGUAAGGAAGCCAAUGUUGACGAUUGCCGAAAGGCCUCACCGUUACAAUUAGCAGUAUUUUUCGGUGCCCUUUACACACUAGCCAUAGGCACCGGAGGAACCAAGCCGAACAUCUCAACGAUCGGCGCCGAUCAGUUCGAUGAUUUCGACCCUAAAGAGAAGGAUCAUAAGCUAUCAUUUUUCAACUGGUGGAUGUUUAGCAUUUUCUUUGGGACACUCUUUGCUAAUACAGUACUUGUUUAUAUUCAAGAUAACGUUGGGUGGGCAUUAGGCUAUGGGCUUCCAACUCUUGGCCUUCUCAUAUCUAUUUCUAUUUUCCUGGCUGGUACACCUUACUAUAGACACAAGAUACCCGCUGGCAGCCCUUUUACAAGGAUGGCAAUGGCCAUUGUAGCUGCCAUAAGAAAAAUAAAGAUGCCAAUUCCUAAUGAUCCUAAAGAACUCUAUGAGCUUGACUUGGAAGAAUACGCAAGAAAUGGGAAGUUUAGGAUUGACUCCACACCUGGCUUGAGGUUUCUCAAUAAAGCAGCAGUGAGAACAGGUUCAACUGAUCCAUGGAUGCUUUGCUCAGUAACUCAAGUGGAGGAGACUAAACAAAUGCUAAGAAUGAUACCAGUCUUAAUUGCCACUUUUGUUCCCAGCACAAUGAUUGCUCAGAUCAGUACCCUUUUUGUCAAGCAAGGCACUACCCUUGAUAGAAAUAUUGGCAGCUUUAAAAUCCCUCCAGCAAGUUUAUCAGGAUUUGUGACCAUAGCAAUGCUUAUCUCUGUCGUUCUGUACGAUAGAUUCUUUGUCAGGAUAACGCGAAAAUUGACGAAUAAUCCUAGAGGGGUUACUCUUCUUCAGAGGAUGGGAAUAGGCAUUGUUUUCCAUAUCAUAAUCAUGAUUAUUGCAUCCCUUAUAGAAAGGUACAGACUUAGUGUGGCAAAAGAACAUGGAUUAGUUGAAAAUGGAGGACAAGUGCCUUUAACAAUAUUCAUCUUACUUCCACAAUUUGUCCUUAUGGGAAUGGCUGAUGCAUUUCUAGAGGUGGCCAAGCUCGAAUUCUUCUAUGAUCAAGCACCUGAAAGCAUGAAGAGUCUUGGCACUUCUUAUUCAACUACUAGUCUUGGAAUCGGAAACUUUCUUAGCAGUUUCCUUCUGUCGACAGUUUCUCGUCUCACAAGCAAAAAUGGUCACCAGGGAUGGAUAUUGAACAACUUGAAUGCUUCUCAUCUUGACUAUUAUUAUGCGUUCUUCGCAAUAUUGAACUUCUUUAACUUCCUUUUCUUCUUAGUUGUGAUCAAGUUUUAUGUGUAUAAAGCUGAAGCUUCAGACUCAAUGGAAGUACUAGCUGAACAAUUGAAGGGGAUGAGAUUGCAAGCACCAAAUCAGGAAGUGUCUAAUACAAUACUGAAUUAAGAGUAUAGAUUAUGGAGAAGAAAAAGCUAGCCUAUACAGAAGUCAGAGUCAAAGUUGAAGAUUACAGGGUGAUCAUUUUGCUGCAAACCGCAAACUCCUUGGUCGACCAGCUUGGAAGUCUGCAAAGGAGUGAAAAAUUUGCUUGGAGGUUAUGGUAACUUGAUACUUAAUUGUAUGCUGCAUUUUCUGCAGUGACCCUUGACAAAAGAAAAAUGAAUAGAAAAAGGAAAUUAUGUGUAUUCUACAUGUUGCAAUGAAAAGGAAAAAAAAGAAAAAGAAUAUUUGAAAACUUGCAAAA